AUGAAAAUGCACUCUCAUUUUCUUUUCCUGGGUUCAGGCACAGUUGGAUUCAAAUCUGCUAAUUUUUGUUUUAUAUAAAUAUUCCUUAAUUAAUUUGCAUCCUCAUAAGGUCCAGAUCUUUCAGGGCAUUCCAAAAAAAACCAAAGAAUCUUAUUUUUNGUCUUGUGGGAUUAUUUUGUACAUUUUAUUAUGUGGAUAUCCUCCAUUCUCUGGUAGAAGUGAAUCUGAAAUACUUAAAAGAGUAAAAGCAGCUCAAUUAAAAUUUGAUCAUGAAGAUUGGGCUCAUAUUAGUUAAGAUGCUUAAAAUCUUAUUAAGAAUAUGCUUAAUCCAAAUCCAGCUAAGCGUUUAAGUGCUGAAGAAGCUUAUAAUGAUAAAUGGAUUUAAAAUAAUGCACCUUCUAAUGUCAUCAAUUAAAAGGCAUUGUAAAAUCUAUAACAAUUUCAUGCUAAAAGUAAAUUUAAAUAAGCAGUUUUGACAUUUAUGGCUACAUAAAUAAUUACUUAAUAAGAAUAAGAUGAAUUAAAUAAGACUUUUAAAGCUAUUGAUAAAAAUGGAGAUGGCAAAUUAUCAAGAUAAGAAUUAAUUGAUGGUUAUACUUAAGUUACUAAUAAUUAAGAAUUAGCCAUCAUUUAAGUAGAUCAUAUUAUGGAAUUAGUUGAUAUCAAUCGAUCAGGAGAAGUUGAUUUUACUGGUAAAACUAUUUAAUUAUAUUUAGAAUUUCUAAUUGCUGCUAUGAAUUAAGAAAAGUUUUUAUCAGUUUAAAAAAUGGAAUAAGCAUUUAAAGUUAUUGAUUUAGAUGGUGAUAAUUAUAUUUCCAAAGCAGAAUUAUAAAAUGUUAUGGGGGAUAUUGAUGAUGAGGUAUUUAAGUGUAAUUUAACCAGAUUUGGAUACAAAUUUUAAAGGAAUGCGAUAAUGAUAAUGAUGGCAAAAUUUCAUUAGAAGAAUUCUCAUCUUUGCUCCAAUCUAAAGUUUUAUGA